AUCGAAACCCGUGCGACGCUUGCGUCAACUAUUUGGAAAUCAGAUCAUAUUUCCAAUGGAAGCCAAUUACCGUAAUCAAAAGUAGCUUCUUUGGUAAUCCGGGACAUGAUCUAUACGAAUGUCAAAUUUCAUCCAUAUUAAUUUAACAGUUUCUACGUCUAUUACAACAAACAUCCAAACAUCUGAUUAUUCUCACAAACUUUCGCAUUUAUACUACAUACACCCACCAAUAUACUUAAUAGUAAAAUAAAUUUUAUAUAUUUAAUUAUUACUGGCGAUCCGUCCCUACUUCGUACGAGUAGCAGAGUACAUAUUUUUUUUGUGCUGUAGAGUCUGAGCAAGUUUCACCAACCGGCUUAUAUAGCAACAGUUGGACCAUAGUUACAGUGGACGACCGCGGUAGGCGCGCGUCGUUUCGAGACGGCUUGAAUUUAUUUUUGCGCUUUAUAGUUUUAAUUUUGUGAUAAAUCCUUUGAUAUUUAUAAAAUUAUCAGUUUUGUUCAGUCAAUAUACACAAUAUACAUUGCACAUAUUAAAUUACUUUGUUCUCAGUUAACAUCAUUACCUAAUUGCCGUUUGGCCUUCACUAUAAUCUACUAAGUACACAUAUCUAUACCAGUAUGAAGUAAGAUACAUACCAAAGUGGACGUAUCUUAUCGAUUCGCCCGUUGUAUUCAAAAAAGUUAUCAACGUCAUUGUGAAUAAACAAAGUGAACUGUGAACAUUUCGAAUCACGAUGUAUUUAUUCAUUCUCAUAAUAAUAAUUACUAUAAUAAUCGGUUUAAAAAUAUAUAACAGCCUGUCAUGUGGAAUGUGUACAUGCGACGCCAGAAUGGACGGGAAAGUGGUUAUAGUGACGGGAGCGAAUACUGGUAUAGGUUACGAGACCGCUAGAGAGCUGGCGCAGCGCGGCGCCAGGGUGAUCCUCGCCUGCAGGAGCGCGCAGAAGGGAACUGCAGCCGUAGACAGCAUCAGGACGGCCACAGGGAACACCGACGUGGUAUUAAAACAACUAGACUUGUGCUCUUUGCAGUCAGUACGGAAUUUUGCAAAAGAUAUUCUCAAAAAUGAACCGAAACUCGACGUUUUGAUAAAUAAUGCUGGCACAGGGCCGGUAGACAACGCUUUGACCGAAGACAACUUGCCGAUAGAAGUGCAAGCAAACUAUUUCGGGCCAUUUCUACUUACUGUAUUACUCCUGCCGUUAUUGAAGAAAUCCGCGCCGAGUCGUAUCAUAAACGUGUCGUCAUUAUUGCAUAUAUUUGGAAAAAUAAAUUUAAACAGAUUUCAUAAACAAACGAGCAAUUACUUUCAUUUUCUAAGGUUGUAUUCAGACACGAAGCUAGCCAAUAUUCUGUUUACUAACAAAUUGAGUGAAGAAUUAAAGGGUACUGGAGUAACCGCAAACUCACUCCACCCGGGGGCGGUAAAGACUGACUUAUUCAGGCAUUCAAAUAUCUUUUAUCAGUUCUUCGUGAGCCUCGUGUUUAGGCCGGCAUGGCAAGGAGCGCAAACUCUAAUAUAUCUGGCCGUUUCGCCGGAACUGAAGGAAACUACCGGCAAAUAUUUCGUCGAUUGCCGAUAAAAUACAACCGCCAGGAGAGCUCAAGACAAGGAAUUAGCAGAUAAAUUGUGGGAUUUGUCGUAUAAAUUAACUAGUGAUAAAAAGAAUUUGUAGGAAU